CAAACACCCACAGGCAGUCUGGCGUUCACACCUUUUCUGUGCUGACAGCUAUUCUCUAAGGGUUAUAUGUAGGGGUUGGCAGCUCAAACAACACUGGAACCUUUUCUAUGUGGCAGUACUGUGUAGCACGGGUGCCGGUGCAGUGUCUGAUGUUCUGAAGUGUCUGGUAGUUGCCAAAUUACAUUUAAAAAUACCCGAGUCUUUGAAAGAUAAACUUCCAGUCAUACAUGGCUGAGCUCCUUUUCACACGCUGCUGUGGCUGUCUGAGUUUCUGGGAAGAAUCCGGUUUCUUUCCGCCUUCCACUUCACACGGACAGUUUCUGUUUCUGUCACUAUGAUAUAGCAAGAUUAUAGUCCGCGUGGGCAGUUGUGAAGAGCACCGUUUAUAGGAAAACAAACAUCUUUAGACAUCGACGGAAAACCAUAACCAACACUUUUAGCAGAGGAGCAGACGGGUUCCGACUGUGUAAAGGAUAUCAUCAUAUGAUGCUGUUUUUACAGUGGGCCUAUCGUGGGAUCGAUUGAUGUCUCACUCGUGUUGGUGCUCACGCUCAUGACAGGUCAAAGGUGAAACCAUACAGUAACAAUGGGGCCCAACCAGGGGUUUGGAGGUACCCUGUGGAUGAUCUUUCUCUUUACCAUUUUUGCAUCAGGAUCAGGGGAAAACGACAGGAACUUCAAAAUGUGUGGAACCUGGCGCCAUGGCAACAGGAAAUUAAAUCUGGCUCACGAUUUGAAAAGGGGCUGUAGCACCAUCACCAUCUCAGCCAAUGAGAGCUCCCUGUCCAUCCAUGGUCAGAUAACGGCCCAAUGUCAGAACUCUUCUGUCAUCGAGCUGGGCCCGAGCCCAGAGGCAAGAGAGAGACCCUUCUGUGUGUACUGGGAGCCACUUCUGGACCACGUCUGGGUAGAGGUGAAUGGAAAGAACCACACUCUGUGCUGGUCGUCUGGUCUACAGGGGAACUGCUGCACUAACCUGUCCCACGGCAGCAACAAAGGGACUGCGACGUACGGGAUACUCAACGCGACACAACAGGAUGAUAUCAUAAGUUACCAAAUACAGCCAGCCUAUGGGUUUUUUGGCAAUAUGAUCAACUGCAAAAACGAGUUUUGUAAUGAGGCGAGUCAGGAAUCUGGUGAUAAAGUGAACAUGAUAGAGGAGACAGUGAUGAGGUCCAAGGUGCUGGGGAACGUGGUGCUGCCCUGUGCCCUGAGCACUGUGGUGGAGAUGGAGGAAGGCUUUCAGGGCUACAUCCCUCUGCCUGCGCCUCGAGGAGUUCCUCCUCAAAUGAUUCCAUCAGUUCACCUGCCUUCUUGUCUGAAACCACCAGAAAAGAAAAAGGUCAAGGUUGUCUGCACCUACUUCAAAAACAGUACCUUAUUCCAGUGGAGUUCUAAGGAAGAUCCUGUCAUCAGGAUUCUAGAAGAUGUGGUGGGAAUCACUGUGGAGAAUGAGAUCAUCACCAACCUUACAGAGCCAAUCAGGAUUGGUUUCCAUCAUUCUGUCAUACCAACAAGUCACUCAAGAAAAUGUGUUUCUUGGGACACAAAGAAAGAUCCAGCGGAGGUCACAUGGAAAAAGGAAGGUUGUGAGACCAUACAGAAAGGUGCAGAGGACACAGAAUGCCGCUGUAAUCAUCUCACAUACUUCGCGAUCCUAGUGCAAUUGGAACCACGACCAGUGCGCCAUCUGGAGGCUCUAACGGUCAUUACAUCAAUAGGCUGUGCCGCUUCUACGUUGAGCUGUGUUGUCAUCAUGAUCUUCCUUAACAAACAGAGGAGAGAGAUGAACCCAUCCACUGCGGUCCAUCGAGGUCUGGCCAUGGCACUGUUCCUUCUUAGCUCCCUCUUCUUCCUGACAGGGAUUGUGGCCAACGUGGGAGGGAACAAGGCAUGCUGGGUUUUUGGGGCGGCUCUCCACUAUGCUCUGCUCAGUUCCUUCUCCUGGAUGUCUAUUGAAGGGUUACACGCCUUUUUGUUGGUCUACGUGGUGUUCAGACCUUCUCCCAGUCCUUACGUCUGGAACCUGGUUGGCUUUGGUCUCCCAGCUGUUCCGGUCAUUGUACUGCUUGCCAUUGGAAAAGUCUAUGGUUUGAAAGAGGUUGUGUCCAGUGAUGAUGUCAACAAACCCUACUUAAUGUGCUGGAUGGAUGUCUCUCCAGACUCUGUAGGCCUACUAGCCCAUUACUUCAUCAACCUGACCUUCCUGGCUGUAGUGGUCAUUUCUGGUCUGAUCAUGCUCUUCCUGGUCCAGAGAAAGAUCCAGAACCGAGACGAGUGGAGGAAGAACAAGGUGGCGUUCAUCAGUAUCUGGGGUCUCAGCUGCCUAUUUGGGACCUCAUGGGGCCUGGAAUUCCUGGACUUUGGACAGCUCUCUGAGUUCAUCCUCUUCCUUUUCUGCAUCCUCAACUCCCUACAGGGUUUCUUCCUGAUGCUUCGAUUCUACAUUCUUGAUCGGAUGCGGAAACAAUCGGGGUCUAGUUUGGAUGGUAGCAGUAGCACAGCAUCUUCCACCAGGCAACACAUGCUGCAGGAGUAGAGCUGAGCUGGGGUACAUGGGAUACCAUAUUUUUGUAGGGUAAAGGAGGAGCAAUGUACCAAACUCUGUCACUCAGAACAUUCCAACUCUGGGGUUGAGAUUCAGAAUAUUGUACUGCACAAGCCAUUUCCAUACACAUAUCUGAGUGACUGUAAAAAAACGACUGUCAAAAUGAAAGCUUAAAGCUAAAAUCUGCAUACGGUGAAACAGCGUCACUGGUCGCCCCAGGCGCAUUUGUUAAUCUUUUUUUUUUACGGGGCAGAGAUGCACCCUGCCUCGUGGGAAAAAAAUGAUAUAGUACUCUGCUGAUCUAUCGCAUGUGCGAUGAUGUCAGAGGCAAACAAAAAAAACUGGUGUUUGAAGUAACGUCUUUGUUGUUGUAAUAUUGGAAACGGACGUGACAGUUUCACCGCUAUGGAUUCCAGCUUUAAGCCCCAGGGCGACCCUUAAAAAGGUAGUUUUUUUCUGUGUAAGCUUAUUAUUUCAUAGAUAUCAGUCAUUUCAAGCUUUUGAGCCUCAUCGUUUACCCAUUCAUCAUGUUGUAAAAUCCCAUAUGUAAGAAAAUUUCAUACAUAGUUUUCCAGAGAAUGGCAGCCCAUACAUCAGUCAUACGAAUGUUAGAAGAAGUUCGAUGAAACUGAAAUGUGCUGUAUGGGAGAUAUUCUAAUUAAGAUUGUGGAUAAUCGGUAGGUGAUUUGUAAUUUACAACGUCUCUAAAACUAUGUACUGUUUCAGUGAUUUUUCCCAUUUACUUUACUCAGAAAAGGACUCAUAGAAGUGUCACUGUAGAAUGUCUGCUUAGUGUCUUUCAGAUGAUGGCCUAUGACAUUUGGUUGAAGUUGGCAACUUGCUCUAUUCUGAGACCGACACACUGUACAUUCAGAUCAUAGUUACUGGAUUAUGUUUUGCACUUUAUUUUUUCACUUGUACAGAUAUUUAUUUUUUAGAGAACAUGACUGGUUGUGUCACUCACAUCAUUGUGUGUAUAUAUUUUGCAACUUUUGAAAACGUAUUGUAUUUGUAUAUUAGUAUGAAUGUAAAUGUGUAUUGCUUCAAAAAAAGUUUACUGUAUAAGAAAAUAACACCAGGACCUUAGUUUGAAUGUGUAACUACAAAAAUAUGUAAUAAUUGAUAUCUAUACAAUCCAUAAGCAAAAUAUCUGCACUGUAUACAACUACAAUGACAUAGACUGACCAGGUGAAUCCAGGUGAAAGCUAUGAUCCCUUAUUGAUGUCACCUGUUAAAUCCACUUCAAUCGGUGCAGAUGAAGCGGGGGAGACAGGUUAAAGAAUAAUUUGUAAGCCUUGAGACAUGGAUUGUGAACGGGCAAGACAAAAGAUUUAAGUGCCUUUGAAUAGAGCAUGGGAGUAGGGGCCAGGCGCACUGGUUUGAGUGUGUCAAGUAAAGCUACGCUGUUGGGUUUUUCACGCUCAACAGUUUCCUCUGUGUAUCAAUAAUGGUCCACCACCCAAAGAACAUUCAGCCAACUUGACACAACUGUGGGAAGCAAAGCAUUGGAGUCAACAUGGGCCAGGAUUACUCUGGAACACUUUUGACACCUUGUAGUCCAUGCCCGACAAACUGAGGCUGUUCUGAGGGCAAAAGAGGGUGCAACUCAAUAUUAGGAAGGUGUUCCUAAUAUUUGUACACUCGGUGUAUGUUGAUGCUGUAGUUUUGGUUUACAGUAAAUUGCAGAGAUUCAAAGGGAAAA